AUGGCGGGUCCUGCAGCCGAGAAAAAGAGGGUCGUGACCGGUCCAGGCACUUCCGGCGAAGGCGACGCACUUCCCAAGAAGAAAAGGCCGCAACGAUUCGAUUUCGGCAAACGAUGGCACCGAUUCCGUGUUUUAACACCGAAUUCCGCGAUCCUACGCGGUUCGUACGCGAUGACAGACGGCCAUUUCAAGUACAGAAGUCGUGGCCGUCAAGCUGCGCCGGCAUCGAUCGUAGCUAUAGUCUAUGGACGCUUGUUCGAACCGAAAGAAUGGGCAAAGGAAUACGUGGACCAAGUACUAGAGUAUGGCGACAAGGUGUUUCGCACCAGCGUGAUGAGGAAUCACGUGAAGGACAACGAGUACAUGAAGGCCAAUCUGGUCUAUCCGGAAUUCUACAUCUCUACCUACAAAGUCCUAGUUUGCGUGGAAGAAACGGGAAUUUAUGGAAACUUGUUCAGCGAAACCGUAGGCUGCCCAGAUUUCGCCGAUGGACUGCAGAAAUUCUUCGAGAGUAACGACGCAGGAGUGAUCACAGCACAGGGAACUUCGAUGGCCAUGUGGCGUCAUCCUGAAAUCGGCUUCCUGUUCUUCGAUCCGGCACCCUGCGACGAAGAUGGCGUUCAUCAUCCAGACGGAGUGGCCUGUGUCAUGAGGUUCAAAUGUCUCAACGAUAUCCGUGAUCAUUUCCUCAAGAGCAUGGACCAGAAGUACGACUCCAGGUAUUGCAUCGACAAGGUGACGGUGCUGAAGGUGAUCGAGGUAGGUCGCGGAUACGUGGACCGAAUUCCGAGUAGCAGUCGUCUGACCGUGGACAAAAGCGUCCUGAGGACCAUCAACCCCGUUGACAUCGACGAGAACAAAAUGGACUGCACGAAACCGGUACCGAAGGGAGACAAGCUGAAGGCUGUCACGGCAGCCAAGAUCCAUAAAGAACCUCUGUCGAUCACCAUUUCGAAUUACAGCAUCGACAAACGUUUCGCGACUGACCCACUGGUAGAUCAGAACAAUUUUGACACCGGUUACACCUACGAGAACAUGCACGUGAACGUGCCAUCGACGUUCAGGGAACUUUCUGGACAGAUGGCGAUCCUUCACGGGUUAACCCACGAGCACAGCGAGAUGUACAAAGGCAAAGGCGCGCAGAACGUGGCAAACUGCGUGAUGGCUAUCGCCAUGAAGAAGGUCCACCCUGUGAAGACCUGGCUGAGGCCCAAACUGGACGAAAUACUGGCUCUGGGAGACACGGUGUACGCCGAUGUGAAGUCUGCCAAGCCGAUGAUGAGGAAUAUGACUGCUCCUGAUUUAAACGACAUAGAAAUCGAGGUGGAGGGGAGGAAGCUAGCCAUAGACGUGGAUUUAAUUACAGUCACCGGUACGAUCUCUUCUAAGAUCCCAACGGUGCUGAACUUGAGACAAGCGUUGGAAGAGUUCUUCCUGGUCAACACGGAAGGAGUAAUCGAGUCGUCCUCCAUGUCCGUGGCGAUCUGGAGUCAGGAUGACUGUUUCUACAUGUUCGAUCCCCGUCAGUGUGACAUGAUUGGCGUGAGGAUUCGAGAGGAGAAGGGUGGGAAGGGCGCGAAGGCCGAGAACUCGCAACGAAAGAAGGGAAACUGCUGUGUGAUAAGGUUCCCUAACACCGACGCCUUGGGUGCUUUAUUCCUGAAGAACAUGGAACACGCGAAGAAGAAUGAUCGUUUUACCAUCAGACACAUUACCAUCGUGGAUGACAUUCCUGGGACCAGGACGUGGCACGAUUUCCAGCCAGGAUCACCCGGCGAGACGUGGGUUCUUCAGGGUACUAUAUCGAACGAGGACGAAGAAGAAUUCGAAGACGAGACUCGAGGAAUUCAGGGACUGGCUAUGCCAGUGGUGGCUCUGAUCGCUGCCAAAGAGACGGCACCCCAAAAGUGGACCAGCGAGACUGUCGAUACCGUGGUUCGAGAAGGAGACGCGUACUAUAGCUGGUGUAACCCAGUGCUCGAAGUGGGCGAGGAUGUCGAGCGAUACUUCUUCGUGCCGAACCUGAAGAAGAACCUGUACUUCAAGAACAGGAAAGUGAAGAUCGACGUAGAAGAAGGCACGAUCGUCGGAGACCUGACUUCGUCAGCUGGUAGCGACGUUCCGAAUCUGGACGCAGCCCUGAAGCAGUUCUUCGAAGAGCAUCAAUACGGUAUCGUGGGCGUGAAGAACAUGAGCGUAGCCGUGUGGAAAGUGGAAGAACAGGUGAAGGAAAAGGACGAAAUGGUCCCGCAGAACGUGUACUAUUGUUUCGAUCCUCAUCCCCGGAACAAGGAGGGUCUGUGGUCGAUCGAGGAGGAGGAGGAACUAAACGCAGCCUGCGUGAUUAGAACCUUGGACCCGUCCGUCUUGGCGAAGAUAAUAGAGACGAAUGCUGGUCAGGAUCCAGAAUCCGGAAACGAAUUCUCGAUUCAUAAUACGAAGGUGGUCUCGAUUGGGUCCGAGAUGACCGAGGAAGAAAUCGAAGCGGACAAGCAGGUCCCGGUGAAGCCUGACCUGCACAAUUAUCACAACAUGGGGGAUACCGGCGCCAUUUUAUUGGGCAGCUUCAACCAGGCUAACGAGGUGAUGUUCAAGAGACACACCAGGGACAAGCAACAAGCUGGAAGCGCUUUGGCAACUUUGGGAAUGACCAAGCUCUACAACCCCCACUUGUGGUACAGGGAAGUGGUCGAUGACAUUCUCAAGAUAGGUGACAAAAUCACCGCUGACAACCUGGAGAAUCUCGCAGAAGGAGGUGAGACGGAAGAGGAGGCGCCAAGGACUUACCUUAUUCCCAGUGAAAUCAGCGAGGAUUUCGCUGUUGGAGUGAAUCGGAUAUACGUCAGCCUGGAAGAAGAAACGGCUACCGGCAAGAUGACCGACUUGGCAACGCAGCUGGAAACUUUCUUCGAGACGAACGUAAUGGGUAUAUUCAGACAGGACAAUAUCAUGAUGCCCAUUUGGAGAGAGGCCGACGCGUUCUUCACGAUGGAUCCAAAAGGAAGGGACUCCAGGGGAGAACCUCGAGACAAAGAUGGCGCGGCUGCAGUGAUGUGGUUUACCGACAUUCCGUCAUUGGCCGCAGCGAUUCAGGCUGUUGCCACUGGCGAAGACUAUGUCCUGGACGUUGUCACUUUAGACAACGCUUACGAGACGCGAGUGGCUGAAGAGGAACGUCAGACGAAGCCUAGUUCCGGAGAUAAUCCGUGGUAUCAUUUCACCAAGAUGACUGACGGCGUGUGGAGCAUCGAUGGCACGAUUGGCAUGGGGGACAUGAAGUUCGAGAAGGUCAACCGGAACAACCAAGCCGCUGCCAUUGCUGUGAUGGCCAUCGUCUUCGCGAAGGUGUACGAGCCGAGGUACUGGACGCAGGAUGUGCUCGACCAGGUCAUAGUCACCGGGGACAAAUUGCACUCCAAGUGCGUGGAGAGACUCGGAGAAGGAGUCACUCCGAGGAUCAACGAAAUCAUGACAGAGUUCUUCCUUUCUACUCGUCGGAUUAAUUUGAGCAUCAACGACUGCGUCGAGGCUGGAAGCUUGACUGCCAAGCCACCGAAAGUUCAAGAUCUCAGGACUGGGAUUACUAACUUCUUUUCCAAAUAUAAAUCGGGAGCAUUGACAGUCGGUAGGGACAGGAACAUAGCCAUUUGGAAGUUCAAUAGCGCCUAUUACGCUCUGAUACCCGACUGGGCGACCACCAAAGACGAGACCACGCUAGUGAGACCUAAAGUGCUACGUUUUGUCAACCUUGACACUUUCAUAGAAUACCUCCAGAACUUCCUGGGAAGCGAAGGGGACUACGAAAUGAUCGCCAUCGACGUAGUCAAUUGGAACAAGCUUCCCCCAUGGAAGUUCGAUCCCAGUUCCGCCGUUCGUCCUUCGAACCUGCCUCCUCUGAAUGCCUAUAGGAGAGUUCACGGCGAAGCUCGAGCGAUUCUAAGGGGUAGUUACCACCAGGGUGACGAGAUCUUCCCGGAGAUGCUACGGAACAAGCAAGGAGCUGCCAAUUGCGUGGUCGCUCUAGGGAUGUCCGUGGUGAAGAAUCCGGUUACUUGGACGAAGAAGACGAUGGACGAGAUUCUGGCGAUUGGUACCAACGUUCACAGGGAAACGCAGAAGGCCAAGCCAACGAUAGUCCGCGUUAAACCGAAGGACAUCAUCAGAGUGUUCUACGUGGGAGUUAACAUCCUCACAGCCGACAUAGAGUCAGCUACGGUAGCUGGUAUAGUAUCGAUUCCCCCACCAGAACCAGAAGACAAGAAGAAGAAGAAGAAGAAAGGACGAGGUCAAAGACGAGCCAGGGGCAGGAGGACCAGGAGCAGGAGACCUCAGAGGAUUCGAGCUCCACCUCCGCCGCCGAUCCUCCUCGAACAGGGCGUACCUCUGUUCUUCGAGAACAACCGUGCAGGGAUUCUGGUGACCGAUCGUGGCGCGGUGGCCAUCUGGAAGGAUAUGGGAGUCUAUUUCAUGUACGACCCUCAUGCACGUAGCGAUCAGGGCUUGCCCGACUUCUAUGGCACCUCUUGCGUCAUGUGGUUCGCUUGCAUAGAGCCUCUUUACGAAGUUCUGUUCGCCAACAUCGACGAGCAGGAGAAGUAUGGUCGCUACGAGCUCUGCAGGGUUAUCAUCAGGACUGCCAUGAUCGAACCUUUGCCUUGUCCCGCUGGCUUCAGACCUUUCUUCGAUUGCACGGCUCCGCCGAUUCCGAUCACCUUCAUGAAGAUGAACACUACGCUGGACGUGGAGACAGUGACGGAAUACAAUAUCGUGGACGAGGAGCUCAGUGUCCUUCGCGGUACUCUGCACAUGCAUCAUCGAAUCUGGAGUACAGACAGAAGAGGCUUCCAGAGCACUGCGAUCGCAGCUGUAGCCAUUGUCGUGGGUCUUCUGCACGUGCCUUCUACUUGGACACCCGAGCUAAUCGACGCCAUUUUGAGAUACGGGGACCUGCUGCACUCGGACAGCGUUCGGGCUACUCACCCAGGGAACAGGAAUUUAUCCCCCAGCGAAUUACUCACCGUCUUCAUCGUGGGUGACUUUAGAGCUACUAUACAUUUCCGAUCAAACUGCGCCGGGAUACUGCACACGACCAAUAUGGCGGUCGCGGUGAUGCAACACUACGGGAAGUUUUACUUGUUCGAUCCCUGCGCGAGGAACGACCAGGGCAGGCCCAGUUUCGAUGGGGCAGCCUGUGUCAUGAAGUGCGAGAGUAUAAUGAAGAUGGCCACGGUGUUUGUGACGAAUUGCAACCUAAAGACACCGAACGUGUACACUCUGAACGCCGUGAACGUGUUGAGUUUGUACUUCUUCUCCGACGCGAAGACCGGAUGCCCGCCUAAGUGUAUACAAUGA